CACUGGACAAACUUUGCAAAGUGCUUCGCUUACAGGUGUCAGGGGACUACGUUUGAUCCAGUAUUUCCGCGUCGAACCAGUCUCGGACACCGGUCAUCAGCCACCACUCCCCUAGAAGGAGCUGGGUGGCCGUUCCACUUUCCAAGGGAUAGGAUUAGCCAACCUGUAUUGCAGAGUUGGAUAAAAGAUGGUGAAACGUAAAAACUUGAAGAGCCUACCAAAGAAUGUGCCCAAGUCUUUUUCGAAACGGGCAAAGGAACCUGAAGAUGAGAAUGACUUCUUGGAAACAGCUGAUGAUUUUGAGAAGACUGGCGGGAAAUGGCGAGCCGGCGAUACAGCCAAAUCUGCACGCAACUACAAGCGUGCCAUAGAGGUCUAUAAUGAGGGACUGGCAAGGUUUCCAAAGAGUUUUGACCUUGCAUACAACAAAAGUCGUCUGCUGUACGACCUGGCGGACGACGCACGGAUGUCUCACCACUUUGAUGAAAGCUCCAACAUUGCCUUGCUACGAGGAGCUUUGGUGUCUCACCGAUAUGCCUUGUCACUUGACAACGAGAACACUGAUGUGCUGUUCAAUACCGGCCAAGUCCUGACCACCCUCUCAGAAGCGCUUUAUGAUGACGACGAUGAGAACAGGGAAAACAAGAGCGAGCAGAUCAAGCUCCUCGACGAAGCCGUCCAACUGUUCUCUGACUGUCUCCGACGGCAGGAACAGGAUUACGAGCAAACCCAGAGCUACAUGCAAGAAAGUGACGACCAGACCCAAGCGAAUGACACCGGUAAUGACAACCCCGAUGUCUCAAUGUCAGACCAGACCGACGAUCCAAGCGAUAGCACAUCUGGUGACUGGGUAAACAUCGUGGAACCCACCAAGGCGUCCGAUAUAAUUGAUACUUCUCUGGCCAUCCUCACUGCCCUGUCUGCCCUCGCAGCACUGCACCACGGAGCGGCAUCUGCCCUCGAAGCCAUCGUCAACAUCUCCACACCCCUAAUUCACGACACCAUCCCAAAGGCCCUCACUCUCAUCCCGACCAGCCUUCCGGGACCCCCUGAAACUACCGGUCCAUCGCUCUCUCUAACAGCCACCGGUGCUUCCUUCAAGCCCACAUCCACCACAGCUCUAAAUCCGCGGCAGGAUGCCACUAGCGAAUCCGACCUUGCAAUCGCGCAGUUCAUAACCUCCCUCUCCACAGCACAAUUCACAACCGGCAUCCUCAGCCCCUCAACCUACGCCGACACCAUCGCCACCUCCUUUACCCCCGUUUACGGUGCCCAAUCCGUGCUCCCGACCAGCAUCCUCGCCUACGCAGAUGCCCUCACCACCAUCGCCCAGACACUGAGUACAGCCCCUUCCUACCCUUCCGCAGCACUAGUAUCCACACGCUGGACCGCCCUCAAAGACGCACGCAGCGCCCUCCUCGGCGCCAGAGUCGCUCUGUCCAACUCGACGUCUUCGUCCGAAGAAUCCCGCAUUGCCGUCCUUACCGGUCUGGCCGAUGUGUGCAUGCUGCGCGGUGCCAUGUUGCGCGACAUAGAGCCCCAGAGCCCGGAACGUAGCCUUCUGACCGCAGACACCGAAGCAGCAGGCAGCGACGCCCAGGCUGGGAUUGUAGAUGUGCAGACAGCGCAAGCAACGCUACAGACUCGAUGUGCUGGAGUGUACUAUCGUGACGCAGGACGCGUGGCAGAGCGUUGUGGGAAGGAAUACGCAGAUGAGGCGAUGGAGUUGCGAGUGAAGAGUGUAGCGGCAGCGAUUAUGGCAGUUGGAGAGGUGGAAGGGACGGCGUGGGAGGAGCUGCGGUCUUUGGAUAUUGAUGUCGUGCAGACUGUGCUUAAGGAUAUGGUUGAUGAUGGGCUUGUGGAUACGGCAUUCGCGAAGCUGGCGAGCGAGAGGAGGUAUGCGAUGAGUGUUGACGCCGAGUAAGGUGCCGGGCUGACGUGCCUUGGAGAAUGAUACCUGUGGCAUAGUCUGGCUCGACGUGAUGUCCAUCUAUAGGCUUGUUCGUCGGUAUUCGUUGCUCUGGAUAGAUGACCGGCAGUGGAGACCCGGGCCCGCGCUCAGAAUAGCAUCAUUAGCUAAGACCUGUACUCCCGGCAUACGAUACGGACGCCUACAUAGGAAUUUGUUGUUAUACAUACAUGAUUCCAAGGAUAUAUCGUACU